AUGGAUGAUCUCUUUCAGCCCCCAAGGUCUGUGUGCAGUGAAAGCUGCCCCCCAGGCACCAGACAAGCCACAAGGAAAGGUUUUCCUGUCUGCUGUUUUGACUGCCUGCCAUGUGGAGAUGGAGAGAUUUCUAAUACAACAGAUGCUAUUGAGUGCACAGUGUGUCCAGAUGAGUUCUGGUCCAUUUCAAAUAAGGAUCAGUGUGUCCUCAAAGAAGUAGAGUUUCUGUCCUACGAGGAUCCACUGGGAAUCUCUCUGACAACUGCUUCCCUGCUUGGUGCCUGCUUCUGUGCUCUUGUUAUGGUCAUCUUUGCUCUUCACCAUAACACUCCCAUAGUACAUGCCAACAACUCGGAGCUCAGCUUCCUACUUCUGUUGUCACUCAAACUGUGUUUCCUGUGUGUGCUGCUAUUUAUUGGAAGGCCGCAAUUGUGGACAUGUCAGUUAAGACAUGCUCUGUUUGGCAUAAGUUUUGUACUGUGCAUCUCUAGCAUCCUGGUCAAGACUAUGGUGGUAAUAGCUGUUUUCAAGUCAUCUCGACCAGAGGGCAAAGGCGCUAUGAAAUGGUUUGGAGCAGCUCAACAAAGAUGCACAGUUCUGGUCUUAACAGCCAUCCAGGUUGUGAUAUGUGCAGUCUGGCUAUCAACUGCCUCUCCAACACCCAAUAAAAACACCCAGUAUAUCCGCUCUAAAAUAGUAUAUGAAUGUGCUAUUGGCUCAGUGGCUGGUUUUUCUAUGCUGCUGGCAUACAUUGGACUGUUAGCAGCAGUAAGUUUCCUGUUAGCUUUCCUGGCGAGAAAUCGUCCAGAUAAUUUUAAUGAAGCAAAGUUCAUCACAUUUAGCAUGUUGAUCUUCUGUGCUGUGUGGAUUGCAUUUGUUCCAGCAUAUGUGAGCUCUCCAGGGAAAUAUGCAGUAGCUGUAGAGAUAUUUUUACAUUACUUUGGUGUAAAACGGUAA